GCCGCGCGCAGGCGCCGCCGUUCUCUCUUUCGCGCACGGCGAGGUCCCUGAGCCGCCAUGGGCCGCCGCCCGGCGCGAUGUUACAGAUACUGCAAGAACAAACCGUACCCCAAGUCUCGCUUUUGCCGUGGGGUCCCUGACCCCAAAAUCCGCAUUUUUGACCUGGGACGGAAGAAGGCGAAGGUGGAUGAGUUUCCGCUCUGUGGGCAUAUGGUGUCCGACGAGUACGAGCAGCUCAGCUCCGAGGCUCUGGAGGCCGCUCGUAUCUGCGCCAACAAAUAUAUGGUGAAGAGCUGCGGGAAGGACGGAUUCCACAUCCGCGUCCGCCUCCACCCCUUCCACGUCAUCCGCAUCAACAAAAUGCUUUCCUGCGCCGGGGCCGACAGGCUGCAGACGGGGAUGCGCGGGGCCUUCGGGAAGCCUCAGGGCACGGUCGCCCGCGUCCACAUCGGCCAAGUGAUUAUGUCCAUCCGCACCAAAGCGCAGAACAAGGAGCACGUGGUGGAGGCCUUGCGACGCGCCAAGUUCAAGUUCCCGGGGCGCCAGAAGAUCCACAUCUCCAAGAAAUGGGGGUUCACCAAAUUCAACGCCGACGCCUUCGAGGAAAUGGUGGCCCAGAAACGUUUGAUCCCCGACGGCUGCGGCGUCAAAUACGUCCCGGCCCGGGGACCCCUCGACCGCUGGCGGGCGUUGCACGCGGCCUGAGGGCCCCCCCAAAAACACCGCGGGAGGGGGGACCCCCAAAAACACCAGGGACCCCC